AUGGUCAAUCUCUCCAGUGCCACCGAAUUCUGCCUUCUAGGCUUCCCUGGAUCCCAGGAACUACACCACAUUCUUUUUGCCAUAUUCUUUUUCUUCUACUCAGUGACACUGGUGGGAAACAUGAUCAUCAUCGGGAUUGUCUGCGUUGAUAGACGUCUACAGUCCCCCAUGUAUUUCUUCCUCGCCCACCUUUCUCUUCUGGAAAUCCUGGUAACAACUACAAUUGUUCCCAUGAUGCUUUGGGGACUGUUGCUUCCUGGAACCCAGACAAUAUCUCUGGCUGUAUGUGUUGCCCAACUUUUCCUUUACCUUUCUUUAGGGACCACCGAGUUUGCAGUGCUUGGAGCGAUGGCUGUGGACCGUUACGUGGCGGUCUGCAACCCUUUGAGGUACAGUGCCAUCAUGAACAGCCGCACUUGCAUCUGGGUGGUGGUUGUGUCCUGGGUGUUUGGCUUCCUUUCUGAAAUCUGGCCGGUCUAUGCCACGUUCCAGUUUACUUUCUGCAAAUCAAAUCUGUUAGAUCACUUUUACUGUGACCGAGGUCAGUUGCUCAAGCUGUCUUGUAAUGACACUCUUCUCACAGAGUUCGUUCUUUUCUUAAUGGCUGUCUUCAUUAUUAUUGGAUCCCUGAUCCCCACCAUUGUCUCCUACACCUAUAUCAUCUCCACCAUCCUCAAGAUUCCCUCAGCUUCUGGCCGGAAGAAAGCCUUCUCCACCUGUGCCUCCCACUUCACUUUUGUUGUGAUUGGCUAUGGCAGCUGCUUUUUCCUGUACGUGAAACCCAAGCAAACACAGGCAGCCAAGUACAACAGGGUGGCUUCAUUACUGGUUUCCGUGGUAACCCCUUUCCUGAACCCCUUCAUCUUCACUCUUCGGAAUGAUAAAGUCAAAGAGGCCCUCAGAGAUGGAGUAAAGCGUUGCUAUCUGCUCUUCAGAGGUUAG